CCACGCUCCAGAUAAAAGAUCAAGUCAAUUGCUAGGUCGAUAUGGGCUCUCUCAUGGCUGGCUGGAGCUCCCAUGCGCUCGACGACGACCACAAAGUUCGUUUCAUGAGGAACCGAUCACUGACCAAGGAAGAGGUGGAGGCCUUCUGGAGACAGCACAGGAAGCCGGCGGCGGAGGACACCGUCAGCAGCACCAGCAGGGAAACCGUCGUCGCCUCCUCUCCCCGCCCUGGGAGUCCGAGGCCGACCUCGCGUACGUUGACUCUGUCUUAUGUCCGUUCGUCGCCGCCGGUGAUGACGACCAACAGCGUGGACGGUGACGGCGAGGCUGCGGCUAGCCCUAGCGCGAGCCGUGACUGGUGGACGAGGAGCAGUUGGGCGUUCCUCAACGAACCGCCGUCGCCGCAGCGCGAGGGAGGAGGCGUGGGGCAAGGCGCCGCCGCCGCCGUCUGAUCGUCGUCUUUCAUUAGUUUGCUAGGACAGCUUUAUACAGGGCCGGGCCGGCAAAAUCCGGGGCCGGUGCA